GAAACUCGAGGAUUUGGCGCCAAGUCCCAGGUGUAUAAAUGCCGCGAACCUCAACAUUAAACCACACUUUACAAUCGAGGUCUCCUAAGCAACAUGGCAGGCAUCAAGCUGAUUUUAGCAGCCGUGACAUUGGCAAUGGCGGUAUCUGUCAACAGCGAGCCUCUAGGUCGCCUUGCGCGCCGAGCUGUUCUUCUUGAUGAAAACUUCGCACCCAUAGCAUCCAUAGUCGGGCCACAGCACAAAGUUGAAGAACCAAAUCUCAUGCGCCAACGAAGGGACACCGGCUAUGCUCCCCCGGUUCACCACGGAACCUACAAGAGGGGCAAAGUUGGGCCCGUUUACACCUUCGUCAAAACUGACUACAACUCCAACUUCAAAUGGGGUGUUCGCCAUCGCGCCGGCAGCCAGUAUGCCGGAGGAUACCAUUAAGAAAAAUACAAACAAAGUGAUUUAAGGCAUAGGGGAAAGACAUGUGAGGAGAGUGCUCGUCAACACCGCAGUAAUUUAAGUCAUUUGAUUCCACAACAAUUAAUUACUUUGUUUAGGAGCAUUUUCAUCUCUGAAUCGUCAGCUGAGGUUUUGUUAGGGCCUCCGUUCCCGACUGCUUACACAGACUAGACUGACCUUACUACGGGAGACCUGUGACCGACUCCUGUAAAAAUAACCUUUGAUUUAUUCUCUCUAAAAAAAAAAGGUUUAAUUAUUAAACAUUGUACAAAAACAGUGAUCUUGUUGUCACUCAUUUUUAAACACUUUUCAUUCUAUUUGUUCCCAGGAGAGAACUCCUGACUCCUAAUUACAGUUGUAUUGCAAUAUCAUUUUUAUUCACUUUUAGAUUAAGGAUACUUCAGUUUAAGUUAUAUUAUCUGACAAAUUUAAUCUUAAAACACUAUAUUUUAGUUUUUUUUGCAAUUAAAGCUUCUAAGAACUUGCAACAACCGC